GUUAAUGUGCAUCUGCCACCUGCAAUAAACAGAGGAUUUCUGACAGAAGAAAGCCACUGGAUAAAUAAAUCAAAGUCCCACAAAUUCGAGGGUAAAUAUCAACCUAACGUACCUCAAGGGAAUAAUUAAUAAGAAGAGGAGACAGUGAAUUUAGAAAUUGUCCCGUGAAAAUUAGUAAGGGCACCUGGAUGACCUGUCCCUGCAGUGAGUAACUGUGAGUUCACCCAGGGAAAAUCGAAAAAUCAAGGAUACAAUUCCUGAAUUGUUGUCACAUCGAAGCAAUCGUGAAUACGAGAGGCACAUGUGUGUGUUGUUUGGAGAAGAAUUUUGCACGAAAAAUGUCCGUUACCGAGGAGAGGAUCCAGGAGCUUGAUAGAAGUUUUCUCGAGUUCAUGAGAACGUCAGAGAAUGUUGACAUGGCAUCUCAAGAGAUCUACGAGGAUCUCCUGGACGAGGUGCUCAUGGGUUUUGUUUUUGAUGUCCAUAGAACUGUCAAAACUGGAAGCUCAGACGUUGAAGAAGGAAUUCCCGAUGAUGAGUCUUAUGCUAUCGUUGACUCUCCAGGUCUUGACGUCUUCGGCCAACACCCGAUUAAAAAAUCCCAAGAGUGCAACUGUCCGAAUUGCGAUCGAGGAGUUGCAGCUUGUCGUUUUGCAACUCACCUGGAGAAAUGUAUGGGCAUGGGUAGAAAUAGCUCGAGAAUAGCAUCACGAAGAAUAGCAAAUAGUUCGAAAGAUCUGAGUAAUUACAGUGGGGUUGUGAGUGACGACGAGGACGAUGCAGACUGGAGUGUCAACAAUGACAAGAGAAAACGAAGGAAAGACAGGAAUGGAAUAAAGAGAAGCAAGACCCAGAAGACACAGAGAAACGGUGACACCCCAGAGAGUAAUGAAAAUUCUCCAUCAAACUACGAGAAUAUGUCAAUCGAUGAUAAGAGAGCUCUUCUCACUCAAAUAUGUGGCGUUAUAUCUGAACACACUAAGAAGCUGUGCACUAGAUCCAUGAGAUGCCCUCAGCACACUGACGACCAGAGAAAAGAGAUGAGAGCAAAUCUUGAGAUUAAUGAGGGAAUGCCUGUGGAUGUUGAUGCCUAUGACGAGACCGAUGGACAGCAUCUGAGGGACGCCCUCUCAAGAUGGGACAGGGAUGGAUCCAACCAGUCGAGUCCAGCUGACUCUGCCUCCACAACUUCCAAUUCAUCUCUGACCAGGAAGCGGGAGGGAAAGUCCAAGGGUAAAGGAAAAGCCAGCAAGCGAGAUCGAGGCUCACCCAUUUCACAGAAUGAUUGAGAAAUUUCGGGUGGAAUUAUUCGUCUCGAUGGAAAUUAUUCGACUAAUUAUAAUUUCCGUUUUAGUAUUAGUAAUUGAUAAUUUUAAGUUUAGAUCUGUUACCCUGAAGAGCUGGGAAAACAUUGAUCUUCUGAACUUGAGAAUUAAUGUACAAAAUGAUAUUAAAUUAAUAAAUUACUGGGACAAUUCAA